GUCAGUCCUCUCGCGAGCCUUGCUCCAGCCAGACUCCUGCCUUGGGUCUCUGCCAUCCCGGCACUGACACCCACAGGCAGAGCUGAGAGGGGCCCCCAGGAGUGUCGUCAGCAGCCAAUCCCAGAAGGCAUGCAUGUCAGAUGGUUUCUGGAAAUCGAAACUCAACUCUGUUUCCUGAAACAUUUCCUGGGAUCAGCCUGAGCACGCUCCAUAUUGGGAGAGGCUUCUGGAUCAAAGGACCGGUCUGCAGAGGGCUCCUGUGGCUGGAAGCCAGGAGGUUCCAGCACAGCCAUCGCAGCUGCCCCAGCCAGCAGGAUCUGGGCGUCCAGGCAAGGCCAUGGCCCCUCUGAGGCUCUUCUGGGUGUGGCUGCUGGUUGCAGGGACCCAAGCCGUGAAUGAUGGCGACAUGCGGCUGGCCAAUGGGGCCACUGCCAAUGAGGGCCGCGUGGAGAUCUUCUACAGAGGCCAGUGGGGCACUGUGUGUGACAACCUGUGGGACCUGACUGAUGCCAGCGUCGUCUGCCGAGCCCUGGGCUUCGAGAACGCCACCCAGGCUCCGGGCAGAGCUGCCUUUGGGCAAGGCUCGGGCCCCAUCAUGCUGGAUGAGGUGCAGUGCACCGGAACUGAGCCCUCGCUGGCCAACUGCACAUCCCUGGGCUGGCUGCAUAGCAACUGCAGGCACGAUAGGGACGCCGGUGUGGUGUGCACCAACGAAACCAGGAGCACCCACACCCUGGACCUCUCCGGAGAGCUCUCGGAGGCGCUUGGUCAGAUCUUUGACAGCCAGCAGGGCUGCGACCUGUCCAUCAAUGUGAGUGUGCAGGGCGAGGACGCCCUGGGCUUCUGUGGCCACACAGUCAUCCUGACUGCCAACCUGGAGGCCCAGGCCCUGUGGAAGGAGCCAGGCAGCAAUGUCACCAUGAGUGUGGAUGCUGAGUGCGUGCCCAUGGUCAGAGACUUUCUCAGGUACUUCUACUCCCGAAGGAUCGACAUCACCCUGUCAUCGGUCAAGUGCUUCCACAAACUGGCCUCUGCCUACGGGGCCAAGCAGCUGCAGGGCUACUGCGCAAGCCUCUUUGCCAUCCUCCUCCCCCAGGACCCCUCAUUCCAGAUGCCCCUGGACCUGUAUGCCUACGCACUGGCCACCGGGGACCCCCUGCUGGAGAAGCUCUGCCUGCAGUUCCUGGCCUGGAACUUCGAGGCCCUGAUGCAGGCUGAGGCCUGGCCCAGCGUCCCCACAGCCCUGCUCCAAUUGCUGCUGCCCCGGAGUGACCUGGCUGUGCCCAGCGAGCUGGCCCUGCUGAAGGCCGUGGACACCUGGAGCUGGGAGGAGCGCGCCUCCCAGGAGGAGCUGGAGGGCUUGCUGGAGAAGGUCCGCUUCCCCAUGAUGCUCCCUCAGGAGCUCUUUGAGCUGCAGUUCAACCUGUCCUUGUACUGGAGCCACGAGGCCCUGUUCCAGAAGAAGAGUCUGCAGGCCCUGGAGUUCCACACCGUGCCCUUCCAGUUGCUGACCCGGUACAAAGGCCUGAAUCUCACUGAGGAUGCCUACAAACCCCGGAUUUACACCUCGCCCACCUGGAGUGCCUCUGUGACGGACAGUCGCGGGAGUACACAGAAGUCACAGCUGGUCUAUUGGCCCAGAGGGGGUUCUUCACCCAAAUACUCUCCUAAUGACAUUGAAGCCCCCCUCGACUAUAGAUACUACCACCCCUACCAGCCCUUCCAGACCCCACAACACCCCAGCUUCCUCUUCCAGGACAAGUGGGUGUCCUGGUCCCUGAUCUACCUCCCCACCAUCCAGAGCUGCUGGAACUACGGCUUCUCAUGCUCCUCGGACGAGCUGCCUGUCCUGGGCCUCACCAAGUCGGGCCCCUCAGAUAGCACCAUCGCCUACGAAAACAAAGCCCUGAUGCUCUGCGAAGGGCUCUUCGUGGCAGACGUCACCGAUUUUGAGGGUCUGAAGGCUGAGAUUCCCAGCGCCCUGGACAGCAACAGCUCCAAGGGCACCUCCUUCUUCCCGUGCCCAGCAGGGCACUUCAGCAGCUUCCGCACGGUCAUCCGCCCCUUCUACCUGACCAACUCCUCGGGCGUGGACUAGAUGGCAUGGGCCAGGGGCCGGCAGGGGCAGGGGUGGUAAGAACCCAAGAAGCCCAGGACACCCUCGCUGCAGGCUCCUUUCUUGGCUCCCUUCCUCUUGGCAACGACUUUCAACAACCGGCCACCAGAUGUCCCCCUACUCCCCUGAGCGCUCAGCUUGAGAAAUUACUGGGAAGCUUCCACAAGUGUGAACCAGUUCUCCCACCAGCCCACCAGUUUCCAGGUUGGGAAGCACCAAGACGCCCUCGAGGUCGCUCUGGGAUCCCCCCACACACCCCGCUCAGUUUGCCUUUGUCACUGCUCUGAGAUCAUUACAGUUACGCUGUGGUUGCUACA